CAUUUUACCAGUAGUUCAUGUACUGCGCAACAAUACGAUUUGUCAUAAACAGCUCAAUGAGCGAGGUGAAUUCUUAUAUUUUUUAGAUUUUUUUAUAGCUCCAAUUUACAGUCCUAGACACUGAAAUGUCUACUGGAAGACUAAUCGGAACAGCCGCCAUUGUUACCGGCGGUGGUAGCGGAAUUGGGAGAGCAAUCUGUCAAAAAUUUGCAAAGGAAGGAGCAAGUGUUGCAAUCCUUGACAUAAACUCUGAAAGUAUUACUCGAACACUAAAUGAAUUGCCGAGUAAUCGUGCAAAUAAACACUGUGCUAUCAAGAUUGAUGUAUCGUCAUCUGAACAAGUAAAAAAUUCACUUAUGUUAGCGGAGGAAAAACUAGGAAUGAGGAGCACUAUUCUCGUGAACAGCGCUGGAAUUGCCAAAUUGAAAGCAUUUUCGAAAGUUGAUGAUGCCACUUUUGAUAACAUCCUUAACGUCAAUCUGAGAGGCACUUUUCUGAUGACUAAAGAAUUUUUAAAGAUGACGUCAAAGUAUACUUCAAGUGGGAACGAUAUACUUGGCUCUGUAAUCAACAUAUCUAGCAUUGCCGGUAAGAUGGGUUCCGCUGGCCAAGGUCCGUAUUGUGCAUCCAAAUUUGGUGUUAUUGGUUUAACAAAAACUGUCGCGGUCGAGUUUCCAAAACACAAGGUCCGCUGCAACGCUGUUUUGCCCGGCAUGACUGACACACCGAUACUCGAUGGCGUUCCAAAAUAUGUUCAAGAAGCCCAUUUGAAACAGAUUCCUAUGCAAAGAUUCGGACAUCCGGAUGAAGUCGCAAAUGUUUGUUUGUUUUUGGCAUCUGAUGAAAGUUCCUAUGUUAACGGCGCUUGUUUAGAAGUUUCUGGUGGAUACGGAUGUUGAAUAAAGAAAUUCUAAUUUUUGUUUGUCAUAUACAUGUUUAGUAUAAUGUAUAUGAUUUUACAACGUUAUAUUUUACAAACUGUCAGAAUAGCAUAAAUUAUGGAAUUCGAAAGUUUUACCAAUUGCUUAUUCGUACUUCCCGAAAGUUAGUGCAGUCGCAUUCUAGUUGAUUUUAGUUAAAAUUCAAUGUGUAAAAUAACCCAGAUUAAAGAUUUCCAUGAAAUUAUAUUUUAUACAUAAAUAUAUAAUAAAAACAUAUAAAUAUAUAUAUAUAAAAAAAUAGAUAUAUAACUAUAUUUCCAUGGAAAUAUAUUGAACGCUAAAGUAAAACACCAACUGACACAAACUUAUUUGGUAAAUCAAAGAAAUUACCAGAUAAUGUUAACGAAGAGAAUAUUCACAAAAAUUGCCCUGGUUCUGUAUGGCUCUGGUAUGACCGUCUCUGCCGUAAGCUAUUACAGAUAAUGCUCCUGAAGUCACGAACCCAUUGUUCAUCAUAAAGGUCUUUUUAUUUAACCUUAAUUUUGAGCCCUGAUCUGAGUUAAACCUCCGAGCGCGUGUUGCAAUAUUUAUUAUCUUAAGAUGUCUCUUAAAAAGUUACUCUUGAUAUCUAUAUGAGACUUAUAUAUUUAUUCAGGGCGGGGAAAAACAAAUCAUAUAUGGUAAUCCGAAUUUUUGAUUACUGGCAAUAAAUUAAAACUCAUCAGAA